UGACCUGAUUGAUUUCAGCCUGCAUCAGCAAGAUGGCACCGUGCGUUCCCUGUAUAUGUACCGCUCUGCUACAACCGUAUAAGCCUCAGGCCUCAGGCACACUCACGCAAAUGCCUUCCGCAGAAUCCAGCGCGCCAGCCCGAUUUGUUGUAGAAAUGGAAGCCCCACGGGCCCUUAAUGAAAUCAUGAUGGUCUGUUGGCCAGACCGAAACAUGUGAGAAUCGAAGCCGAGGGCGCCAAAGAUAUGUCCGUUCAAGCGACCUCCUGGCGACUGCAGCCGCGCGCAUCUCCGGCGGAAAGAUAUCUGGAGGGUGUCUGAACCGCACCAACUGUAUAGAUUCCCUGAUUAAUAGAGAAGGGGUUCGAAGGACCGAGUAUCCCAAAAACUGAACAUAGGCCUUAUGUCUUAGACAGCUCGGGUAACCAUCCUUUGGCAGCGGCGAUCCCACGCAUGACGCGACAGAAAGCGUCUAUUUUUGAAAGCCAACAUUUUGACAGAAAAGUAAUGCUAUAAAAGCAGGCUGGUGGCCUGCUGGGCGCUCUCAAACUCCACUGAUCUUCCCUUUCUCCUCGUUUCUGCUCGAUCUUCCAACGCCGACCGUGUCGGCUCGCCUUUCUUUACUCACUUUCACUUUCACAGCGCAAAAAUCGCGCAGGUCGUCCGCUCUCAUCGAUAGUUGACUUUGAUCCUUGACCUCGCUCCUUACAAUCGAACACUCUUACACGCUUCCAAUCGACCGCUCGACCGGCCAACAUGAAGUGCCCGACUGUUCUCGUUCUAUUCCUCGCCGUGCUCAUCGCGUCAGUGGCAUCCCAUCCCGUCAAACGGGACGUCGACCCUAGUCUUGUUCCCCAAUUCGGAUGGCAGUCCGGAGUGAACCCUACUGGAUCCGGGGAUUGCGAUGGCGCUGUGAAUGGUGCCGAUGGCAAGCCCAUUAAAAUACCUUGCGCGUGUCCUCCGGAUCGCGACUUGUUCAUCAAAGAUCUCAACGCGAACCUUGCUGCUGGCCAUGUCGUCACGAAUCCCACUGUCGGCCUUUCAUUCCCCACCGACAACUCCACCGCCUCACAGCUGGCGCGCCUCAACGCUGCAGCUGUUACCUUGCAGAAUCUGAAUGGCUCAGGUGUAGGCUGUCCGAUAGUCUCGACUACCUUUUCCGCGCAGCAACAAGCUAUUCAGGCUGGCAAGCCCCUGCCACCGAGUGCCGCACCUUCGCCCCCAGCCUCAACUUCGUCAUCGGAUCCACCAAGUCUCACUUGCGGCCCUGUGGCAGUCUCGUCCAGCGCUCCAGCCACUUCGACGCAUGAGUCUGCUCCGGCCACCUCAGCAUCGGCCACAGUCACCUCCGUGGGAUCAUCGGCUCCAGCCCCUACGUCGUCUUCCGGAGCGUCGGAUAGUGCCAUCGCCGAACUUGCACCACCCCUUGGCUUUAUUUCUGGCGUGAAUCCCACGGGAACGGGCGAUUGCGACGGUGCCGUGGACGAUGCCAACGGUCAACCCAUUAAGAUACCGUGUUCUUGUCCACCAGACCAGAAUGACUACAUCGCGAAUCUGACCGCAAACGUCCGAGCAGGCCACGCAGUGCACAAUCCCUCCGUCGCACUCUCCUUUCCCACAGACAACUCCACCGCCUCCCAGCUCGCGCGCCUCAAUGCCGCUGCCGUGACGCUCCAGAACCUCAAUGGCCCUGGAGUUGGUUGUCCCAUCGUUUCCACGACGUUCUCCGCGCAGCAGAAGGCUAUCCAAGCCGGCCUCCCGCUGCCCGCGAGCGUUGUCCCUUCCGCCGGUUCUCCCUCUGCCGGCACCUCGCGCGUGACUGCCACAACAUCUUCAACAGCCGUGGCAACCGCGGCGCCGACGACGUCCUCAAGCGCUCCAUCCUCCUCCUCAGCCGCAUCUGCCACCUCCAUCGCCGCUCUCGCGCCGCCCUUGGGUUUCCAAUCCGGCGUGAACCCUACAGGCUCGGGUGAUUGUGACGGUGCCGUGAACGGCACAGACGGAAAACCAGUCAAAAUUCCGUGCGCGUGUCCGCCUACGCAGGAGACAUACAUCGCGCAAUUGACCGCCAAUGUGAACGCCGGGCACGCGAUCAACAACCCUUCGGUGCAGGUCAGCUUCCCGACGGACGCCUCGAAGGCGUCCAAACUCGCGCGGCUGAAUGCCGCUGCUGUGACGCUGCAGAAUCUGAACGGACCCGGAAAGGGAUGUCCUGUUGCAUCCACGACCUUCAGCGCGCAACAGAAGGCCAUCCAAGCCGGCCAGUAAAAUGAUGAAGCCUGUUCGCUUGCGUUCAGCUCUUUCGCUGUGGAGAUACCCCUCAUUCUUAGCCGCUGGAUUGGCCCACGAUACUGAUGCUUGUUGAUGAGUCGAGCUAUCUUAUAUCGUCUUCUAUUCUGUCCCCUCGAAAUUUCAAUUCGCGCUUGUUGAUCGUUGCUUGACAUUGACAGCCGCUGUCCAUGUAUACAAUUGUUGAGCUAAAGGAAAAUACAUCUCUAUGCUUCCCAAUAUC